UGUUUCGCUUGACGGCUGUGUUUUUCCCAGCCACUUCGCUGCGCUGCGGCCAUUUCCUCCGUCUCUGCUCUCGUUUCCUGCUUGUGCUGCUUGACAGAAGUGUCUUCCGUCUCUGACAAGACUCAACAGAGGCUCGGCUCCGCUUCACUACCCCCGGCUGGCCCCCCUGCCAGCUGAAACCCGUCGGGAUGGAUCCAGCAAGCCGAUAUCAAGUGCUGCACAAUGAAGACGACCCCUCAGAGGUCUCCUCCAGCGAGCAGCAGCCGUCCACUUCUGCCCAAGCCCAGGCUGGACCGUCCCAGGACCCGAGCCAGGGCCACACCUGCUCGCCCUCAACAUCUGCAUGCAGGACUCAGGCGGAAGCGGAGGCUCCUCCUCCUCCGUACGCCUCCAUUGACCUGGGAGCCACCGCGGCGGUCCCUGAAACCAGUUUCCAGGCUGACUUCCCAGUGCCUCCGCCAUACAGCGUCGCCACCUCCCUGCCCACCUACGAUGAAGCAGAGAAGGCCAAAGCUGCUGCCAUGGCCGCCUCCACUGUGGAGGUGAUUCCACGGGACGACGAGUUCCCUCCUCGAGAUGAUUUCAGCGACGCAGAUCAGCUGAGAGUCGGGAAUGACGGGAUCUUCAUGCUGGCCUUUUUCAUGGCGUUCCUGUUCAACUGGAUUGGUUUCUGCUUGUCCUUCUGUCUGACCAACACAAUUGCAGGACGCUACGGCGCCAUCUGCGGGUUUGGCCUCUCACUUAUCAAGUGGAUUCUCAUCGUCAGGUUUUCCGAUUACUUCACCGGCUACUUCAACGGUCAGUACUGGCUGUGGUGGAUCUUCCUGCUGCUAGGUCUGCUGCUGUUCUUCAGAGGUUUUGUCAACUACCUAAAAGUACGCAACAUGUCAGAGAACAUGGCCACUUCACAUCGAACGCGCCUCUUCUUCCUCUAUUGAAAAGGUUCCCCACAUGGCCAACACCAUUCCUCUCCAAUGUGAAGUCCCUUCUCUCCUCCCUUGAAUGAUCUGUCCCUGGAGUUUCUGCAGUGAAGAGGUGAAAUGGAGUGGCUGAAGGAGAGAAGGUGAAAGACCCAAGACAUCAAACUACUUUUGGUUGAGCAGGAACGCGAUUCAUAUGUGCAUGGACAUCUUAAUAAUGUCAAGUUUUGCACUUUUCCAUAUAUUUUCCAUGACAUGAAAUAGUUUUAAUCAGCAGUGCACGCUUUAUGAAGACAAACAGAAAUAUAAACAACAUCGCAACAGAGCUCGACAGGGCAAAGUCACAGAGUGCAAAAACCGCAAUGCAUUGUGGGCUUUGGGGUCAAUGGUAAGGUGCGUUUACAACCGUGACACCAGCUCUCUGCGCCGUGCUUCUGUUAAAGUUCAUUUGUUAAAUGUUGAUCAUGGUGCAAACUUGUUGUGUUAUUUAACUGACUGCUUCGGGAAGAAAAAGAACAUAGGUUUGCGAACCCAUUUUUCCGAAGUGGAAGAAAUGCCAAGGACUUGGUUACGGAAGUUGCAAAGAUGCGCUGAAUUGCCUUUCGAUGCAAGCACUCAACACAUGGUUGUGUUAUCUGCAUUUCCAGACUGGAAAGCUUGAAUGAACCAGGUCUGAAUCAAAGCACGUGUUCAGCUGUUUCACAAGUAGCACUUAAAAAUGCUGCUGGUGCCAGCGAAGCUAGCAACAAACAAAGGCAACGUAGAUCAUCUCUCUUCAAACACAGGAGAGUGGUUUGGAUUUCACGGACUCAAUGAAAUUAACCGUCGAAGCAAGUGUUGUUUCGGAAGUAGCAUACGCAAAUGCAAUGCCUACCGCGUCUACUCAUUCAUUUUAAGUUCACUUCGUAGUUGACCGCAUGCGGAUCAGUACCGUUGUGUUCUGAUCCUAUGUGUCAGGUUUGUCUCGGCUUGGUCCAUCGUUUUCUUUUUUUUUUUUGUUGCUUCACACCGCAUUCCACGGUGAAUGUAAACAAACACUGUUGACCGUAAACAUGGUUACCACGACCCACAAUGCAUUGCCAAAUCAUGUGACCUUUCAAACUGGCACCCCAUGGUCUCUUCCGACUUUGACAGCUAGCUUUUACACACCAAGUCCUGAAAAUUCAAGUCGACCAUUUUUGGUAGCAGAUCAUAUAGCGAGUACAAUUUGGGUCAUACCAUCCAUCCAGCAAACCAAUCUGUUUUUGAACAAAAAGUAAUAAAAUAGCACAAACUGUAUUUGAUCCGUACAAAUGUCGAAGCUGCUCGAACUUGUGAUGACCAGAAACAGUACCCUCCGAUGGCGAAAUCAUUAUUACAAUAUUCUAAAAUCUUGUUUCUGACCUAUGCAGCUACUUUUUUGUUCAUGUAUAAUUUGACAAAUGUCAGAGGGCUUGUUUAGAGUUAGAGUAAAUAUAACGCAUUGCUUUUGUCUGCAUAUAAAGUGGAUGCUCUGUUCAAAACUGGGAAUGCACUGGACACAGUCGUGAAGUUCAGCCCAAGAAAAUCAUGUCUUUAGCCGCCAUCUGGUCACAGUUAAUGUCUGUUGGAAGAAACACAAUCUCAUUUUGAAGGUACAGCUGCAGAUUUAUUUGACGCCAUUCAUCUCAUUAACCUCAAACCCGGCACAAAUUGUUUUGUUUUUUUUUUUUGCUCCCUUGUCCAGUGCGUUCCCAAACAAAGCUGAACAAAUGGCCAAAAAUGUUAUUGCAAGUCACAUGCGAGUGUGACUGGAUUGAGCGGCGUCAUGUUUGUGUAGAGCGUUUGCUUCAGCAGCAUAUCCUGCGGCGACAUCGGCGUUGCUGCUGCAGACGGGUGCAACACAACUCGGAGUCUUAUGCAAUGUAGUUUAGCAACUACGACAACACUUGUGAAUGUGCUGUAGUAAUAACAACAGUGAAAUAGCUCUGUAGUGUAGUGCGUCAAACGGUGACAUCAGCCCGAGGUGACGUGGUCGUUGAUAUUUCUAGCAAAGUGUGAACACAGAGGUCAGCAAUACAUCAAGUGUCAGCAGGUGUGCAUGUUCUGCAUGAUGUAAAGACGCAUCUCUCCAGUCAAUGAACCGUCGUCGACAGCAGAGAGCAACUGACCGCAACAGCUCUUGCCAAUUUACCAUGUUUGCACUUUGAAUUGUACAGAAUAACUUGUGAAUGUUGUUCACAAAAUGAGCUGACUGGAAUUCUUAAUUGUCCUGAAACUAUUUUUUUUUCCUUUUUUUUUGCCUUGUUUGCACUUUUUACAGCCAAGUAAACUGUGACAGCUUUGGUGUUGCCAAACUUUUUUUUUUUAAAUGCUGUUUUGUACAGGGUUGGAGUCACACUUGACCCUGCGACAAGCGAAACGAAAAUCUCAAUUAACUCUGCGGUGAGUGAGUGGGGUGAAGUUACAUAUUUGUAUAUACUGAUGGGAAGUAAAUAAAGACGGCGGCUAUGCUUAUAUAAAUAUUAUUUUUUUGCCCAUAACACAACUUUUCAGUCUCAAUGCAUCUAUUGUAAUUUAAUUGACAAUUGCAAAGACAGCCAAUAAAGUCCAAGCGCCUGCCACUGAA